AUGCUGCAUCCUGCGCUGUGUUCGUCUCUGGCAAACAUUGAUGGCGAGGAAAGCUUUGACUCAAAUAUGAUUGGUCACGCUGACGAAUUUGUGCAACAGCGUAUUUGCGACGACGAGCUGAUACUGAUUAACGGCACGAAGAGUCGUCCAGCUAAUUCGAUAAUUCUUCGAGGCGCUAACGAUUUCAUGAUCGAUGAAAUGGAGCGCAGUAUCCAUGAUGCUUUGUGUGUGGUAAAGCGAGUUUUAGAAUGCAAGCAGGUGGUGGUAGGCGGAGGCGCUGUUGAAACCGCGCUUUCUAUAUAUCUGGAAAAUUUAGCCACUUCUUUGGCAUCCCGAGAACAGCUGGCGGUCGCUGAAUUUGCCUUUGCUCUCAUGUCAAUACCAAAAGUUUUGGCUGUCAACGCAGCUCAGGACAGCACCGAUUUGGUCUCAAAGCUGCGCGCAUUUCACAGCAAGUCGCAAAGCAGCCCUGAGUUUGAACACUUGAAAUGGCACGGAUUGGAUUUGCAAACCGGCAACGUUCGAGAUAAUCGUCACGCUGGUGUUUUUGAGCCCUUACUUUCAAAAUUUAAAACACUUAAGUUUGCUACGGAAGCAGCUAUCACGAUUUUGCGGAUUGACGAUAUGAUUAAGAUCAACCCCGAAGGCAAAAAGAAGGGUUACGAUGACGAGGAAGACUAA